CGACUCCGUUCAGCACAGAGAGCCGAGAACGUCCUGAGCGGGCGCACAGCUCAGGUGAUGUGGAGCUCUGAGUCAGAGUGAGGAUGGAGCAGCGCGGACUCACUGAACUCCAGACUCGGGGAAACUCACAGGACGAGGAGACCGUGUGUGAGUGAGUGAGUGAGUGUGUGUGUGUGUAGGCGUUUGUACGGAUCACACUCACGAGGGGAUUAAAUAACCAAAACAGGUUCCGCUCGGUCGAAGAAACCAUCCGGGCUGUUUCUGCACUCCAGGAAUAUGAAUCCCGCAGCUCACUGAGGCUGAAAUCUGACCCUAAAACACGAGCCGGGCGUCGAUUCUGGAGAUGGAGACGGUGAAAGAGAGAGUGCUCGGCCCCGGAAAGGCGGGACUGAAGAAUCUCGCGGGUAAAACCCUGGGCCACAUGCACAGGCUGAUGGAGAAGAAGCAGAAAGGAGGAGAGGAGCUGGAGCUGACGGAGGACGGGCGGCCCGCCGUGGUGAAGAAGAAGCGCGCGCCGCCCAUAGACUGCACGUGCUUCGGCCUCCCGCGCCGCUACAUCAUCGCCAUCAUGAGCGGCCUGGGCUUCUGCAUCUCCUUCGGCAUCCGCUGUAACCUGGGAGUGGCCAUCGUGGACAUGGUCAACAACAGCACCAUCCACAGGGGCGGGAAGAUCAUCAUCAAAGAGAAAGCGAAGUUUAACUGGGACCCGGAGACGGUGGGGAUGAUCCACGGCUCUUUCUUCUGGGGUUACAUCGUCACUCAGAUCCCGGGAGGAUACAUCUCCUCCAGACUGGCGGCCAACAGGGUGUUUGGUGCCGCCAUCCUACUGACGUCAACACUCAACAUGUUCAUCCCGUCAGCUGCGCGCGUGCACUACGGCUGCGUCAUCUUCGUCAGGAUUUUACAGGGACUCGUAGAGGGAGUGACCUAUCCAGCAUGUCAUGGUAUCUGGAGCAAGUGGGCUCCACCCUUAGAGAGAAGUCGUUUGGCAACCACUUCAUUCUGUGGUUCCUACGCUGGGGCUGUGGUGGCCAUGCCUUUGGCUGGAAUACUCGUGCAGUAUUCAGGCUGGUCCUCUGUCUUCUAUAUUUAUGGAAGUUUUGGUAUUGUCUGGUACAUGUUCUGGAUCCUGGUGUCUUAUGAGAGUCCAGCAGAUCACCCCACUAUUACAGACGAAGAGCGACUCUACAUAGAGGAGAGCAUUGGAGAGGGAGCAAAUCUGAUUGGAGCAACUGAGAAAUUCAAGACACCCUGGAGGAAGUUCUUCACCUCCAUGCCUGUCUAUGCAAUCAUCGUGGCCAACUUCUGCAGGAGCUGGACCUUCUACCUCCUGCUCAUCAGCCAGCCUGCAUACUUUGAGGAGGUGUUUGGCUUCGAGAUCAGUAAAGUUGGUGCUCUAUCUGCUCUGCCUCACCUGGUCAUGACCAUCAUAGUGCCCAUAGGGGGCCAGCUCGCCGACUUUCUGCGCAGCAAGAACAUCAUGUCCACCACUAACGUCAGGAAGAUCAUGAAUUGUGGAGGAUUUGGGAUGGAGGCUACAUUGCUACUCGUCGUUGGUUACUCCCACAGUAAAGGUGUAGCCAUCUCAUUCCUGGUGCUGGCAGUGGGUUUCAGCGGCUUUGCAAUAUCAGGUUUUAAUGUGAAUCACCUGGACAUCGCACCCAGGUAUGCCAGCAUACUGAUGGGCAUUUCCAAUGGUGUUGGAACACUGUCUGGCAUGGUUUGCCCUCUCAUAGUGGGUGCCAUGACCAAAAACAAGACUCGAGAAGAGUGGCAGAACGUGUUCCUGAUAGCCUCGCUGGUGCAUUAUGGUGGUGUGGUGUUCUAUGGGAUUUUCGCCUCAGGUGAGAAGCAGCCAUGGGCUGACCCAGAGGAGACCAGCGAGGAGAAGUGCGGCUUCAUCGAUGAAGACGAGCUCGCUGAGGAGACCGGUGACAUCACACUCAGUCAUGCUCCACUAGGGGCCCAGGGAGCCUUUGGGGGGCCCCCAAAAACAUACGGAGCCACAACUCAACUUAAUGGGGGAUGGGCAGAAGGAUGGGAGAAAAAAGAGGAGUACAUCCAGGAGGGAGUUGAGCAGGCCUAUGCUCAUGGUGGAGAUGGAUACUCUUAAAACACAAGGGAGGUUUACACAAAGGAAGAAGGUCACUACAGAACAGAACAGUAAAGGAAUUAAGUGGCUGUGGUGACAAAUCUGAAAAUGUAUCUGCAUAUAGUGUGCAGGAAGAAGGGAGACACAGGUAACUAUGAGGGGGGCUUGUCCAGACAAAUGAACAGAUUAAACAGGAGGAUAAUAGCUACUGCAUAAAUAGAGUUAGAAAAAAUAUGUAUGGAUAUAUGAAAUGAUAAUAUCAAAUCUAAAAUGUAUUUACUACUUAAAGAAAACAAAAUAGGUUGGAAACGAUCAAGCUGAAAUAUUUAAAGAGGGAAUGCAUCAAAGAGUAUAUGAAAUUGUUCGGUUAAAGAUGUAUGGUUUGUUAUAUAUAUGUAUAUGUGUGUACUAUUUAACAUUUUGUUAAGAUAUCGAACUAACCAAAAUCACUAUAUUAAAACAAUAAACUGAUGGGGAUUAUGUAAUAAAGUAUUCUAUAAUCACAAAAAUUCAUAUUGCAGCCAGGUUCCAGGCAAACCUUUCAAAAUCCAGGUGUUAUACAUAACAGUUCUGACAUGCACACCAAUAUUUUGAAUGCUGUAACACCUAGAUUUUUAAAUGGAGGUGUGGUUUACGAAUAUAGCAAUAUAUAUUUUUAAAUCUUACAAAAUGUUGCAUAGUAUAAGUCUAAAAGUCUCAGAAAAUCUAUAUAGAACUCAAAUCUGCUGUAUAGUUGAUCUUGCACUGGUCUUGUCUGUUUCUUUAGUUUGUUCAAGUUUAUUUCAAGGUAGUACAGUUUUGUUUGUUGUUGCUAAUAGACCAGAAUUGUAUAGAGCAGAGUGUUGACAAGCUAGUGCUUUUUGCCAUCCUUGGAUGUUCAGUCUCUGGUUUACAGAGCAGUUCUCAUUGACUUUGCAUAAAAUAGGCAACAUUGGGAUACCUAGACGUAUUAUACAAGCAUAAAAUACCUUAAAUUAAGCACUGUGUAUCAGCAUAAACAAAGAUGGUACACUAUAUCCUGGUCCACUUUUUUGGGGCCUAAUCUUAAAGGGAAAGGAAAAGUGUUAAAUGUUUAUAUGGUGAAUGUAACUUGAAACAAAGUUGAUUUUGUGCUAUUUCAGAAUGAAUUUAUAGUAUGAGAGCACAAAUUUACCAGAACAUACUUAAGUACCUGAAUGUCUGUAAAUCAAAAGAGAUGUAACAUAAUGAAGGAGCUGUAAAUGUUCAAAUGCCUGGCAGUUCUUUUAAGUCAGUUUUUGUAAACAUUAUGGCACAAACUAGCUAAUUUUGCAGCAUUUACAUCACAUAAGUACUACAAGGAUAAGAGCGUGAUACCAGUCUUGUAUUACCUUCCCAAUACAGUCAUGAACUUUAACUGAAACUGAGCCAGUGUUUAAGACACAGAUUCUGACCAUCAUAAACAGCUGUUUUGCCAACUUCUAAAAUAUUUUGAAUGCACUAACAAGUAUUUCUUCAAAAAAGUGAUUUCAUUCCUUGUGCGUGUGCGUGUGUUUAUAUAGAUCUGCUGUUUCUGUGAGGCUGUUGUGAAGUUGGGUUGGUGAUGUGUAUGCUUAUUGUUAUACAAAGGCCAUAAGUUUCAUAGACAGCACCGAGUCGAGGAGCUGUUCGAUUUUGAAGUGUAAUGACAUGUCAAACAGAGCAUGCUAUAUGUUGUUGAAUGCAAAUGUGUGGAAAAAGCCAAUGAAACCUUCAUCAGAAUGAAUUUGUAACUGUAACGUUUUCAACUGUCAUCGUUCAAAGUUGGUUUAAUAUGUUUGACUUUCUAACAAUGAUGGGCUUUUAGUCGAAUAUGUUUACUUGAUAUGCUGUCCAGCACAAGUCUACGAUUACAAGUCUAUGAAAAAAAAAAUCCUUGUUAACUGAAAAAAAUGCAUUGCAAUAACUUUAUGGUAAUGGUAACUGUCAUAGCACAUUUAGUAUAACGUAAUUCUUACUCGUGUCUUACUAGUUAUUCUCAGAGUGAUGUGAAGGAGUUGAAAAUCAGUGUAGGGAUGUCAAAGAAUGGCUUAAAUCAAACCUUUUGCCUUCAGGGGACUGAUCCUACAGCAUUUUGUGGGAAUCUGUUGCAGUUUUCGGAACAAGAGCCAUGGUUUCCUUCUCUAUAAACAGGCUAGCUGGUCAAUAUAUGUGGCACUAUGAAAUAGCCAAAGCCCUCUAUAUAUUGCUUUGGUUUCACCUUUUGCAAUCACUGAGACAAAAAGCAUUAAUGUACAUGUAAAAUAUUUCAGUAAAGAUACUCAGAAUAUAUACACAGAAUAUAUACACAAAUCAAAAAAACCUAUUCCUGGUUCCAUACCGAAGAAUGACGUAUAAAUGUGAAUCUUCUAUUGUUGUGUCAAAGAGUGAUUUAUUGAUGUCAAAAAAGUGUUAUACUGUACAAUCGCGCUUUAUCAUUUUAUAUAAAAAAUAGCAAAAACAAGACUAAAGUCUCUCCUUCUUUUCAUUUUCAAGACUUUAAGAUGGACCAAAUACAGACACACAUUUUCUACAUAUAUGUUGAUAUUCUUUACAGAAUGUAUUGGCAGUUUUUGCAUGAUUUAGUCAUUAAAACCUUAUGGUUCUGAUUUGAAA